CACAACAAGCCUCGCGUAAUAGAAGACGUAAUAGAUCCUCUGCAACAGGAUCUUUCCUGAACGGACUCUUCUUUUUUCAUGGUAUUAUAAUGCUGUUCAGAUGCCGGUCGGUGAUGUGUCUGCUUUUAAAACGUGGUCGCUUCUUCUGGGAUACAGUAACUGAAUCCAGAUCGCACCUGUGUGUCUGCGACUUUUUCUGGGGGACUGUACAAACCAAGUGUCGUUUACAAAAUGUAAUCAGGAAAGUGCCUUUCGAUCUGAAGGGUUGCGCCUAUCAAAAUAAACAUACGAAGGGGAUCCUAAUAAUAGCCUAAUAACACAAUAACAAUAUAUUUCCCCGAGUGGUACGUUUGACCACUAAUCGUCAGGACAUUUCUAUCUGACCUAAUUUUGUUUGUUUUCAAACUUCACAGGCAUCCGCGUUUUGUUUUGUUGAUGCAGCGUGUAAACCCGGAUCUGAACGUAUAAACCAAAGGAAACGUACUACAAAACACAUGUUUUUUUUUUUUGUUUGUUUUGUUUUUAUUUGUUUGUUUUUUUAAAGAGUUUUUGUAAACCCGGGGUUUUUGAAGGCCACUCGUUUGAUUUGCGAUUCAGACCCUGUUCAUUCUUGUUUUCACAAAAGACUACUGGUUAACUGGAGCAGAACAAAAAUGUACCGUUUGUGAUAAGAAGUCAAAUGUGUUUGGAGACAUCCUCUUGGUUUCUUUAUGGCGCAGGGACUGUCACAACAAACCAAUAAAGGACAAUUUGAAGAAAAAGAAACGGGAUCUAUAAUUCGUCAUAAUCAGUUUUUCAGCUGCACGCCUGAAUCAUUGCACGGAACGCUGCGCACACCGGCAGCUAUAGCAUUCGCAUCAGAGAAAGGAAGAAACCUGAACUUUUAUUUUUUUGAUCGUUCACGUUGGUUGUUUUGGGACCGUAAUUCUCGGUACUGUAAAACCUGUGCCAUCUGAAGCUGAUGUAAAACCGAAGUGGUGUUAGUGGGAUGGUUCUAAUAAAGUGGGCGGUAUCAGGUUGGAAACCAGUUUCUUAAAAUAUUUACUACAAUCAACUUACUGGCUCACGUCAGACUACGUUGACCAUUAAAAAAAGAAGCAGUGCAUACUGGCUCCAAUAACACCCAGCUGCAAAAAAAAAGUCUUUUUAGAAAAAAAAAAAAAAAUCCUAAUCUCUUUUACCACAAAGAAUGGCUGAUUCUUCAGAUGCAGACAGGCUGGCUAGUGCUUCGGCAAGGGGCGAGCUAAAAGAAGUUGAAACGUUACUGCAAAAUGGGGCAAAUGUUAAUGAAAAGAAUUCGUUUGGCAGGACUGCAUUACAGGUGAUGAAGCUUGGCAACCCGUCAAUAGCCGAAGCUCUGCUCAGGGCCAAAGCCAAUCCCAACGAACGAGACCCUCUCUGGGGUCUCACCGUUGCCCAUGACGCAGCCCGGGAUGGGUUCGAGGACACACUGAGGGUCCUAGUGGACUACGGAGCCGACGUCAACAUCCAGGACAGCGAAGGGAACUUGCCUCUACACUUGGCAGCGAAAGAGGGAAACCUGGAUGUCGUGAAAUUUCUAAUUGAGCGGACUGUCGAACCCAAGCGUGCGAACCGCAAAGGGAUGACAGCGUACGAUUUAGCCGCAAUGCACAACAGACAGUCGACUGCCCAGUGGAUCGAGGGACAUUUAUACGGGCAUGUCCAAAACUGAAGGGGGAAAAAAGGAUAAACAUUUCAGUAUAGUUGUGUGGUUUUUUUAAGUCACAAAAAUGCUCCCGUGUGUUCUAGGCCAGAGAGAGAGAAAGCAAUGAAAAAUGUCCCCAGUAGGCCUAGUUUGUAAGUUCCGUCUAAUUUUCGAGGACACAGUGAAUGGACAAAAGUACAGCAGUUUGAGACUGUGUUGUAAACUAAUGCAAACCUUUCCCACCUAUGUUUUCCAUAUUUACUUUAUUUUGGCUAAAUUUGAUUAAGUUUGAGGGGGACAAAACAAACACAAUUCCAAAACUGCAAUCUGUAAGGAAAUGGUUCUGAAAUCACUUCAGAUGUGCAGGCUUUCAUUUCAAAUAAUUGAAAAACAAAGAGUCUGUCCUCUUUAUUUCUGAUAGGGUUCACAAUGAAAUAAAUACAGAAACUUGUUAGCAGGUCGUUACCUCAUAAUACGUUUUAUUAUUGUGCUACCACGCAUUCUCAAAUCGGUUAUUUUAAAACAAAAGUAAAAGUUUGCUAUUGACAACUCCUUUCUCCUGUUUAUUAUUUAACAACAGUCGAUCAGUUGCAUGAAUUUCACAGUCUAGUUAACGGUUUAUUUCAAGAUUAGGUCAAAUUUGGCAAUGCUUACAGCAGUUGGCAACUGAAUUGGCAGCUGCUAUGUAAUAACUGGUCAUGAAAAAAGAUUACCCUACAGUUACGGUAUAUUGUUGGGUAAUAUAACAUUUAAAUAACACAAUGCGCCAUUACUUACUGAUGUAACUUUUAGUGAAAUUACUGUUCAUUAUGUCAAACUGGGAUUUCGUGAUUUUCCUGCGGCAAAAUAAAUGCAGAUUAAGUGAGAUCUUUAUUUGAGUAGAUUGGUGUAAAAUAAAUAAACGGAACUGACUUUUUAAUCGCUGACGUAGCUUGCGCAAGAAAGAAACUAUAAUGCUUAUCACGGCGUUAAAUUGGGCGUGUGAAAUUCCUACACAAAACACACGUUGUGUUGUUUUCUCCUCUGUAAAUGUGAGUUAGACACAUAAUAGGCCGACCACAGAUAUUCUCAGAUGAGUGAAUAUGAACUAAUACUACACUGUCUUCGAUUCCUGUUAUGACUCGCA